AUGACUACUCGUUACGCAGAAUCCCACAAGCCCGAAAACAGAAAUGGACCAGGUGACUCGCGUCCAACGGCCUUGCAGAUCGUCAAAGACAAUGACCUUGAGGGCAAGCUCACCGACAAGGUUGCCUUCGUCACUGGGACCUCCUCUGGGAUCGGUAUCGAAACGGUUCGCGCCUUGAAAGCUACCGGGGCCAAAGUGUAUGCUGCUGUUCGCAACCUGGAAAAAGGCCGCAAGGCAUUGGCCGACUACCUCGAGCCUGGACACGUCGAACUGAUUCUUCUCGACACCUCGUCGUUCGAUUCGGUCAGAACCGCUGUCAAAGAAUUCCUCUCGAAGGAAUCCAAGCUUCAUCUUUUGAUCAACAACGCGGGUAUCAUGGCCCUUCCCGAACUUACCCUUACUGCGGAUGGACAAGAAGCCCAGUUCCAAACAAACCAUCUAGGCCACUUCCUCCUCUUCCAACUCCUCAAGCCCACUCUACUGGCCUCCUCGACCCCAGAUUUCCACUCUCGCGUGGUCAACGUUAGCUCAACUGGCCAUAGAGUGUGUGGGGUUCACUUUGACGACCUAAGCCUCAGCAAGCCCGGUGCCUAUCAACCGUUUGUCGGUUAUGGCCAAUCCAAGACUGCCAAUAUCUACAUGGCAAAUGAGAUUGAGCGACGAUACGGUGGCCAGGGCCUGCACGGCUGGUCUCUCCAUCCUGGUGGAUUCAAUUCUGGUCUUCAGGUACACCAAGACUUUGGCGAUCUCAUCAACGUCCCAGAAGUUAGACGUUAUCUGAAAUCUCUCGAACAAGGAGCUUCCACCACACUUGUGGCGGCACUGGACAAGGAGCUAGAAGGCAAGGGCGGCAAGUUUCUUCAGGACACUCAGGUCGCUCCCCCAGUAGAUCCUGAGGUGGAACAACUGUCCAUUGCACCGGGAUAUGCUGCUUGGGCCUAUGACGUUGAGUCAGCCAAGAAGUUGUGGGAGGUUAGCAACGAGAUUGUUGGUGUGAAUGACGAUUAG